GAACUCCUCGUGCUUUCAACAUCACAAUUACCCUGAAAAUGUCUGAUUACUUCUCUGGCCGUCGCUACCACCAACUACCAUGGCUCGGUCACUGGUCCGACCGAAAUGUUGUACCUAGCAUGCCUUAUGCUUUCAACAGCUUCUUUUACUACCCAAACCUUUUCGCUGUUAACGAUGGUGGAGGAUACCUCCCCCACCAUCGUUACCAGUCUGGCAACAAUUUUGCUAGUUUUGCCGCACUACCAUCCACCAACAAUCUGCGUGUUGGGACAUGGAGGCGCGGUGGUUUGAAGGCCUACUACCGUUUUCACGGUGGAAUUGGCGACGGAUGUUGUGGAUUGGCUUUUCGCAAUACUGUAGACUACACCGCGGCUCGUCCGCUACAACUGUUUGAUGCUUUGGAUCCGAUCAACAUUCAGAUGACAACUGAUCAUGGUGGUUUUGUGAACAUUCCGAUGAUCGGACCAUCAUGUCUGCCGGAGGAGGCAAGUAAUGGAACCGGUGUGUUCUUACCGGCGUAUCCGAAGAGGAUCCGUGGUAGAAAAGGUAUGCAUGUUCGUGGUCGUCGUGGUGAUGGUUUGAAACGUCGUGGUGGACAAAUGAUGCAAGAAGACAUUGUCGCAAAACCUUUUGUGGCUGGUGAUGUUGCGAAGAAGGAUGGUCGUAAGGAUAUGGAAGAGAUUCCUAUAGAACUGCUUUUACCUGCAGAAUGGACAUACUAAUUAACUUAUGUUAAAAAAAUAAAACUUAUAUGUAUGGCCAUUUCCUA